AUAAAUGUCAGAUGAGCAGACAGAAAGCAAAGGCUUAGAUUCAGCAGCUGGAAAAGGAAAAAAAAAGUUAGCCAGAUCACAGACCUCAAGAUGGACAAAUUUAAGGCAGCUCUGCUCCUGGGAGCUGUGGGGGAUGCUCUUGGUUACAGGAAUAUCAGCCGGGAAAACAGUGUUUUAGGCCCAAAGAUCCAGGAAGAAUUGAAAGAACUUGGAGGACUAGACAAACUGGUGCUUUCAGCAGAAAAAUGGCCAGUGAGUGACAACACCUUCAUGCAUGUGGCGACAGCAGAGGCUCUCAUCACAGACUACUGGUGCCUGGAUGAUCUAUACCGUGAAAUGGUAAAACGUUAUGUGGAAAUUGUCGAGAAACUUCCUGGGAGGAGGCCAGAUCCAGCCACUGCUGAAGGUUGCUUACAGCUGAAGCCAGAUAACUACUUGCUCGCUUGGCACACUCCCUUUAAUGAAAAGGGUUCCGGGUUUGGAGCUGCUACCAAAGCCAUGUGCAUCGGUAUGAGAUAUUGGAAGCCUGAGAGGUUGGAGACCCUCAUCGAAGUGAGCAUUGAGUGUGGGCGAAUGACCCACAAUCACCCGACAGGUUUCCUGGGCUCCCUAUGCACAGCUCUCUUUGUUUCUUAUGCCAUCCAAGGAAAACCCCUUGUGCAGUGGGGGAGAGAUAUGAUGAAGGUGGUACCAAUGGCUGAAGAAUUCUGUAAAAAAACGAUUCGGCACAUGGCAGAGUACCAGGAGCACUGGUUUUACUUUGAAGCCAAGUGGCAGUUUUAUUUGGAGGAGAGAAAAAUUGCUGAAGACCAAGAUAAUAAAGCCAUUUUUCCUGAUCGCUAUGAUGCAGAGGAAAGAGACAAGACUUACAGAAAAUGGAGUUCAGAAGGUCGAGGCGGAAGAAGGGGCCACGAUGCACCGAUGAUUGCUUACGAUGCUCUUCUGGGAGCAGGUGACAACUGGACAGAACUCUGCAACCGGGCCAUGUUCCACGGAGAAAUCUAGUUUCUCUCCAUCCUAUCCCUGACCUCACUGGGAAAAAGAAAGAAAGAAAGAAAGAAAGAAAGAAAGAAAGAAAGAAAGAAAGAAAGAAAGAAAGAAAGAAAGAAAGAAAGAAAGAAAGAAAGAAAGAAAGAAAGAAAGAAAGAAAGAAAGAAAGAAAGAAAGAAAGAAAGAAAGAAAGAAAGAAAGAAAGAAAGAAAGAAAGAAAGAAAGAAAGAAGAAAGAUAAAUUACUUUGUAACAAAUAUGCAGUCAAGCAAAACAAAUUUCCUGAAUGACUAUAGACUGUGAUGUCUUUAUCUCCUCUGUGCAAAGGACAGCAUAUUUCAUUGUUGGUCAUCCAGAAUCAUGAAUGGUCACUGAGCUGUUCAUAGCUCUUACAGCUGUGUUUAGUGUAUAAAGUAAUGGAUAGGUGACACAGUAAAUAGAAAACUAGAUCUAAAAUUGAAAUGACCAGAAUUCUAAUUCAGCCUCAGAUGCUUCCUAAUUAAAAUAAUAUUGACUAGUCACGAUAAACAAACACUUACUGGUCACAAAUAAUAGCACUGCCUCCCAAGGUUAUUGGACCACAUAAGAAUAUUUUUGUAAAAGCUCUUAGCACAGUGCUUGACCCAAAGAAGUUGCUUAAUAAAUGGUUCCCUCCCUCUUCAUUCAACUCUUUUCAUUCUUCAUCAGUCUGUAAAAGUCCUCAAAAUUGUCUAUUCUUAUAAUAUUGAUGUUUUAGUAUAGAUUGUGCAAAGAUAAGUUCUAAAUAGUAGAUGAUCUCGAUGUAAAAGGUCACAUCAAAAGCAAAUUAGAGAAACAUGGGGGGAAAAAAAUCACCAGUCAGAUCAAAAAAGAGAAGAAAUGUUCAUGACCUAAUAAGGAAUAGAAAGGAUCACAGAGGAUAAAAUAGAUAAUUUUGAUUAAAUACUAUUUAAAUUUUUUGCACAAAUAAAUCUAAUAAAGCUAAAAGGAAAAAGAAAAAUAACUGAAAAAUUAUUCACAGCAAAUUUCUCUGAUAAGGUUUCAUUUCUAAGAUAUGUAAGGAAUUAACUGAAAUUCAUAACAUUAAGAGCCAUUCCCCAUUUGUUAAAUGACCUAAGGACAUGAGCAAGCAGUUCUCAAGGGAAGAAACCCAGGCUAUCUAGUCAUAAUAAAACAAACAUUCCAAAUCAUGACUAAUUAGAAAAAUGUAAUUUAAGGCAAUUCUUUGAAUCCACUCGUACCCAUCAGAGUGGCAAAGAUGACAUGAAAGGAAAAUGAUAAAUGUGAGGGCUGUGGGAAAACAAACACAGCAAUAGUGGACCUAUGAAUGUAUACAACUAAUGUAGAAAGCAAUUUGGAUUUAUACAUAAAAAGUGCACUAUAUACACUAAACAGUGCCUGACUUUUGACCUGGGUAUACUACUGCUAGAUCUCUACCCAAAAAGGAACCAACUAAAAAGAAAAAAGUUCUAUAUGGAUGAUUUUUUAUUUAUAGCAAUAUAACAAUAGCACUAAGGGGGCAGCUGGGUAGCUCAGUGGAUUGAGGGUCAGGCCUAGAGACAGAAGGUCCUGGGUUCAGAUCUGGCCUCAGAUACUUCCCAGCUGUGUGACCCUGGGCAAGUCACUUGACCCCCAUUGUCUAGCCCUUACCACUCUCCUGCCUUGGAGCCCAAUACACAGUAUUGACUCCAAGACGGAAGGUAAGGGUUUUAAAAAAAAUAACAAUAGCACUAUUAAAAAAAAAACAGCAGUAAGAGCUACAAACAAUACAACCAUUCAUGAUUCUAGAGGACCAAUAAUAAAUUUUACUUAUUUUGUGGUACCCCCCCCAAAAAAAACCCUGGAAAAUGAAGGCGAUACCUGUAUCAAUUAAGGAAUGGCUAAAUGGGUUGUAUAUGAAUGUUAUGGAAUAAUAUUGUACUGGGAGAAAUAGGCAGUACUAUUGUAGUGAGAAAAAAGAAAUAGGUUAUUUGAUUUAUUUCUUUUUAUUUAUUUAUUUUACCAGUUACAUGAAAUGAAUUUCCACAUAAGCUUUCCAAAGUUAUAUGAUCCAAACUGUUUCCCUCCCUCCCUUCCUCUCCCCCUCCCACAGCUAGCAAGCAAUUCAGUCUAGGUUAUACCUGCAUUAUCACAUAAAACAUAAGAAAUAAGACUAUCUCCAAAAGACAUAUGAAUUGAUACAUAAUGAACUGAGCUGACCAAAUGAACAAUUUAUGUUAAUACUUCAAUAUAAUUGGCUUCCUUUGUAGUUUUGAGUAUUUUAUUAUAUGCUUUAAAAAAAUAUUCUGAAAAGGGAGACUUUUGGCUUCACCAAAUUGCCAAAGGGCUCAAGAAAUGGUGAAGAAUCCUGCUGUAGCAGUCCACACCUAGCUAUGGACAAGGCAGACAGUUAGAAUGUACAGAGUGGUUUAGAAGAGAGCAUGCUCAGUCUUGCUCAUGGCUAGGAAAGCCUCUGACCCUUGAUCCCAGCUUCCUCCAGGUUAGGCGGAAAACAGGUUUCUUUGUGUUCACCUGGCUAAGAAAAACCACACCUAUACCUUGUCGUUAACCAAUGAUAAUCAUCCCUAUGUAUUGUAUAUAUUUGCAUAUCAAAGACAUUAAAAGCAGCCACAGCGGUCUCCUCCCUCUCUAGGAUCUUACCUCUCGCCUAUGUCUGUCUUUGCUGGAACUUGGCCUCUGGCCAAACUCCAUCUUUAAUUCUUUUCCUUCUCUAUCUCUCUCACCUGGGACCUGGCCUUCGGCCAGGCACUUUCUUUUCUCUAUCAUGUCUCCGACCUGAGUGGUGGUUAAUUUUGGAUCACUGGAUGGUUCAUGCCUUUGUGUUGUCCAGAAAGAUCGGAGUUCUGCUGUGGCUCCAUUGUAAUCAA